AUUUGAUUUAAGAUCAGCUGACUGUCAAAAGUAAACAAUCGAUUAAAAUUUAAAGUCAACCAGAAAAACACAAAAAAAAGCGUAAAAUGAACGGUGUAAUAUUAGCGGGUUUAGGUUUAGCCGCCGUAGGUUUUGGGGCGCGCUACGCUUUAAGGCAAAUGCCAAACGCAGCCAAGACGUUUAACGAAGCAAUGAAAAACCUUCCAAAAUUUGAAGAAUCUGCUGCGAACGCCAAGUACUACAAAGGAGGUUUCGAUCCUAAAAUGAAUAGAAGAGAGGCUGCUUUAAUUUUAGGAGUGAGCCCCUCGGCAAACAAGGCAAAGGUUAAAGAUGCAUUUAAAAAAGUGAUGGCAGUAAAUCACCCAGAUAGAGGUGGAUCUCCUUACAUUGCAUCGAAGAUUAAUGAAGCUAAAGAUUUCUUAGAAAAACAUUCAAGAUAAGUAGAAAAUGAUAAGCAAGUAAAUUUUAUUGUAUGUAUAAAAUCUUAUAUACUGUAAAUAUGACUAGAGUAGAUUUAAUAAAUUAUUUUGAGAA